UAUGUCCCCAUCGCUUGCAAGCGGAGCCAAAAUGUCGAAGAGAGGGUUGCAGAUUGGCAUCUGACAUUUUGUUCCAAAGUGUACAUUUAACACAUUGAAAAACAAUAUAUAUUACAGGUCAAAAUCUUGGCUCGACUAUGCCAAGAGGUAUGAUCUUCUUGGAAAGUCUGCUUCGCAACACUAUGCCACCUAUCGCGUCUGCAGUGAUCACUUCACUGCAAAAGAUUUUAUGGACCCAGGGCAAACAACCCUAGUGCGAUCAGAUGUGCCUACUGUUCGUCCUCCCAUAAACUGGGCAUCUGCAAUAGGUCCCACUCAGGCAACCAGCUCAUCUGGCCCUUCACUCCAGUGCAGCUCCGUCGCAGCGAGCCGUUCUGUGCUUGCUAACAGGUUAUCUCGUCAUGGUGCACCUUUCCAGACCAGGCAGAGCCCGACAGACUGCAGAAUUCACCACUUCCAUGUAGCUCCGCAGUAAUGCACUCUGCAGCACUCGACCCAAGUCAGGCAACCAGCUCUUCUGGUCUUUUCGCUGGCCACUGUGGUCCAGGUCAACACUCUGGUCCAAACCAUCCUGCACCUGUUUUCCGCAAGCUCACGAAAAGGCCCGAGGACGUUAUCAAGCGACUCCAGGCGAGAAUUUCCAGCUACAGAAAGGCGAUAGCCAGACUGCGGAAACAGCAGCUGAAGACGCCUCAGACAGCUUCUCAAGCUCUGGAAAUAAUUCGGCCUCAUGUUUCUGAAGAGGUAUUUCACCUCAUAUCAUCGCAUGUAAAGAAUAGGUCGAAGGGCAAGGGGAAGCGAUUUUUACUGUGGCUGAAGAAAUUUGCGCUCCAUCUAAAUUUGCAUGGACCGCGGGCAUACCGAUUUGUGUCUUCAGUGUUCACGCUACCAUCUCGGCGUUCACUACGAAGGUGGCUAGCCAAUGUCAAAAUGACGCCAGGUAUCAUUCCAGGCAUCAUGUCAUCGAUUGUCAAAAACAAAGUCAUGGAAUGAACGCGACCGCAUUUGUACCUUAGUUUUUGACGAGAUGAUGUUGAAAAAGAACUUGUCAUACGAUGUGGCGCAGGAUGUUGUCCUCGGAUUUGCAGA